AUGAAGUUUCUAGUGAUAUUGUCCGCUUUAGUUGCACUGUGUGCUGGUCACGCCAUCCCCACCAUACCAGGGGACAACAGUCACUAUGUAGAGGGGGAGAGCCGCUACGUGUGGAUACCCGACGGUGAGGGAGUACCCCGCCUUGUUGAUCUUGAAGAACCAGCGGUUGGGAGUCCUUUGGAUGCAAGAAAUGGGGCUAACAACGAGUACUGGCUUUUUACCAGACGUAAUCCAAACAAUCACCAACUUCUAAGAAUCAAUGACAAUAACUCCGUAAGAAACUCUAACUACGACAGGAACCGCCCUCUUAUGGUGAUUGUUCACGGAUGGAAAGCCGAUGGAAACACUGCUCUCAAUCCUCUUAUCCGAGAUGCCUUGCUGCACGUUGGUGACAAUAACGUUAUUGUAAUGGACUGGCGCAGAGCAGCUAGCAGUGCUUACACCACUUCUGUUAGAGAUGUGCCAAGCGUGGGCCAACAUCUUGGAAAUUUUGUGCAGUGGUUAAUCAACAAUCACGGUGGCAAUUGGAACAACGUACACUUAAUUGGCUUCAGUUUGGGUGCUCACAUUAUUGGCAAUGCAGGACGUACCGUUCGUAGACGGAUUGGGCGCAUUACAGGUCUGGAUCCAGCUGGUCCUCAAUGGAGCGAUAACCCCAAUGUCUUGAAUCGCAAUGAUGGUGUAUAUGUCGAAAACAUCCACACCGAUGGUGGUCUCUUGGGCAUCUUCAACCCGAUCGGUGACGCUGACUUCUACCCCAAUGGUGGUACCAACCGCCAACCUGGCUGCUCUCUCAGCGGCUGCUCCCACGGCCGUGCCUUUGAAUUUUUUGCUUCUAGCAUUAUAUACAACGGAUUCAAUGGAAGACGAUGCGCCAAUCUUGACGAGGCACGUAACAAUAAUUGUACCGGCAGCAACUUGCGUAUGGGCAACACUGACUUCAGCAAGCGAGGAACUGGACUAUAUGGCCUUUCGACUGGUUCUUCAUGGCCUUUCUGAAAAAAUCAUUUACC